GGAAUAGAAUACAUAGUAUACAUGGUAAAUAGUAAAAUAUAUAAGCUUACAAAUUUUGUUAGUUGGUUUUUCUUUUAUUUUUCAUUACGAGUAAAUUUUAAAUAUAUAAAAAUGUUGGGCAUUGAGUCACGUAGCUCAAUACAUAGGGAACCUCCAUUGUCCAAAGAGUCACCGUCGGAAGCAACUUCAAGUGACUCAGGUGAAUCAGAUGAUGAACAUUUAAAUAGCGACCGUCCUAAACCAUCGAAACAUUCGAAAUCUGAAACUGACCGGGUUAUAAAAGGAUUAAGCAAAGAAGGCGACGUAGUGUCUGAAAAUAAACCUAAGGUUCAAAAAAAAACCAUAACAUACAGUCCACUAAUGGGCGCUGUGUUUGUAAUGGUGUCGGGCGUGGUGUUGACCACCUUGUUUACUCCUGUGCACCUUAUUUGGCGGCGUGCGUCUAAUCCUAAAAACUGUUCUUACCAAGAACUAAAAAUGCAGUAUACAGGCUUAAACCCCAAUGUGUGGAUCAGUUUAGAAUCUGGAAUUGAAAAUAUAUUGAAUAAAGUUAGCUCCAAAUCGGCCAACUAUUUAUUUAUUUACGAUAAUGGAGAUGUCCAAUCUAUAGUCAAGGAAAUGGCUACACAUGCCGCUAAGUGUUUUGAUAAUAGCCAACAGCUUGUUGAAAUGGGUAAAGAGGAUUUCAAUUCUAAGGAAGCAAUUACCGAUUAUGGAAAAAUCAUCGAACGGUUCAAAGCGAAAAUUAAAAGUAGUAAUGUAGUAUUAAUAGUUAAUCUUAAUGAGGUACCGGGAGAAACUGCAGAAGCUCUCCAUUUUAUUUGUGACACAGAAAAUCCUCUUCGUGAAGAUUUAGUGGUAUUUUUGACAUUAAGAAUGCCGACGAUUCGAAACGAGAAUGCCCAAAAUAAGGUCGAAAAAGAGUUGGCAAAAAUGUGGAGUCCUAAAUUAACGACUAAUGUAUUAAAUGCUUUGAUUACACGUGUUGCUGAUUCCGUUAUAAAUCUGCAGCAAAAAUGAGAAAAAUGAUUAUUUUUAACAAAAAUUUUUAAGAAAUCAAUAAAACUGUACAUUUUUAUUUGUUUAAACUUGAUUUUGUUAGCAACAAAAGAUAUUAUCCAUUUGAGGUUGUUUCGAAAUUAAAGACUUGUAGAAAAAAAAUUUAGGUGUUGGCCAAAUCAGCUCAUUCUCAUUUUGAAAUUGAAAUUCUGUGUAUGUGUAGUUCAUUCACAGAAUUUCGUGGGUCCGAUGGAACAAUAAAUUUGAUUGCUGCUAGAAUUUUGUUACAAAUUUAAUUUUAAAAUUGAUAGCUCGAAAUUGUUUUUUUUUUUCAGAUUAGGAAUGUUAAUCAAGGGCUCCUUCAAAAAUUAAGGAUAUUUUUAUCAACAUUUUUUAAAUUUUUAUAUGAUUUUUUUCCUAUUUCCCUCCCCAUAAAUGUACGGAGUUAUUAGAAAAUUU